UACAUAUCAUAUAACUAAAAAAUUACAAGUAUGUUUCAAAUAAUUGCUUGUAUCUUUAUAAUUAUUCAAAUAAUUCGUUUUCUACGACUGUUUGAAGCAUGCACACCUCCAAAGUUAUAUCAUUCUGGGACCAACUUUGCUUCGAAAGUUCUGAAGAGAUGUCCAAGCUUGACUCAAGUAUAUGAGCCUCCUGGUAUAUGGGGAAAAUGCGGACAUAUACAAACAUUUUUCUAUGGAAAAAUUGGAAGAUUCAACACUCCACUGCCUUUAGGAGAAAGAUUUUAUAAAACGCUACCUAGUAAAGAAACAAUCACUUAUGAUAUAUUUCAACCUUUGAACGACCAUAAAACUCGAGGCGAUUACACAAUUCUUGUUUGUCCUGGUAUUGCAAAUUCGUCAGAGAAAUCAUACGUAAGAACUUUUGUAAAAUAUGCAACAGAAAGCGGAUUUCGUGUCUGUGUUUUGAAUCAUAUUGGAUCACUUGCGAAUGUCAAACUAACAUCACCCAAAAUUUUUACAUAUGGAGACACAAGAUAUUUUGCAUCGAUGAUAGAAACGGUUGAAAAAAUGUACAGCGAUUCUACUUUCCUAAUUGUUGGGUAUAGUAUGGGUGGUAAUAUUGCAAUGAAAUAUCUUGGUGAAAACAGCGAACGUCAGAAAAAAAUAUUAUGUGGUGUAAGCUUGUGCCAAGGAUAUGAUGCAGUCAGGUCCACUGAACCAAUGAAAAUUGGAUACAGACGGGUGAUUUAUAAUAGAAUGAUAACCACAAAUAUAAAGAAAAUCAUUAGACCUCAUUGGGAUGAUUUAUUUAGUUCUGGCGAUUCAAACCAACAAUCCGCAAAUUAUGAUGCAGAUCAAAUUCGCUCCGCCAAAUUCCUGCAUGACAUUGAAGAUGGCCUUUUAAGGCGAAUUGAUGGACAUGAAAGUGUUUAUGCUUAUAUGGAUAAAGCAGGAUGUUGUCAUGUUAUUGAUAAGGUUAAUAUUCCGGUUCUCCUCGUUAAUACAGAAGAUGAUCCAGUUGUUGUAAAUGAUGUUCAUGAUAUUCCAAAAAAUUAUAGUGAGUCACACCCAGAAGCCAUAUUUGCAACAUAUAAGUUCGGUGGCCAUCUUGGAUAUUACACUGGAUCAUGGUAUAAACCUGACGACGUAACACUGGUAGAGAAAAUGAUUAUUGAAUAUAUUGAUUCCAUUAUUGAUAUACGCCAGAAGAAAGUUCAUGCAGACUAAUUAAAAAUUUAUUGACAAUAUGCAUAAAACAUGACACUCAAAUUCUUAUACCCGUCAAUUAAUAUAACAGUUUUUAAUUUUUUGUGUUAAAAUAUUGUCAAAAAUACACAUCUCAUGGGUCAUCCUUUCUAUGAAUAAGGCUACAGAUACAUACAUACGAUUAAACGACGACGGAAGACUAAACUUACCAAAAAGCAAUUAUUUAGAUAAAAAUGCAUGCAGAUGGUCAGGAACCACUGCUCUAGAUCACUUUGUUAGAUAAAUUAGGUUAGCAAUACCAAUGCUGCUAUUUCCCUCAGCAUUUGUCUGAGUACUUAUCAAUGCCAAACAUAGAAAGUAUUUGAAUCCUCAAAGUCUUCGAUUUUUAUAUAUUCUUGUAUUCAGUUAUUAAUCAAUACACACUUUUACUAAGGUUACCUUAUGACCAAAUGUAGAUAGUUUGUACAACAUUUUAAUUUCCCUUAUUUUGC